UUCAAUGGUGUGUGUAUCUGCGUCGCUUGUACAAACUGUCAUAGUACUUAAUGUGUUUUAUAGAGGGUCUAAUGGACGAACAGUCCCAAGAUGGGCCAGAGUACUUUUCUUUCGCUGUAUAGGGAAGAUGUUGUGCGUCCGAACUAACAAUUUACAUGUAGUAAACCCUGUUGGAAAGACAAUGGGAGAUAACCGUUCAGCAGACGAAGCUAGCCUAUACAACGGUAAGGAGAAACUUGUGUCCACCGAAAAAUAUGACAAGGACUUAAAAGCUACAAGUGAAUACUGCGAUUUAACAUCACCGUAUCCUACGAAGAAAGAGAAACUAGCGGACAACUUACCUUUAAACAAUGCAACAACUGACAAAAAUGAAAAGCAAUUAAACUACACGAAGAAUGUUGCAAAUCAGUACAGUCGUCAAUUUGAUGCUGAAUGUGUCAUUUCAGAGUGGCGAGAUCUUGCAAAUGUUCUUGACAGGAUGUUUUUUAUUUUGUAUUUGCUUGCUACUCUAGUUACAAGUUUAGCUUUCAUUUUGCAAUGUUUGUAAAUAUUGUACGGAAAAGGGACUUCAUAAAAUCAUUGGCUUUCAUUUGGCAAUGUGUUUGAACAUUUCCAUGGACGAUGACUUCUUGAAACUUUAGUUUUCAUUUUGCAACGUGUCUGAACAUCGUCCGGAAAACGACUUUUUAAAAACUUAAGCUUUCGUUUUGGAAAAUGUGGGAAUAUUGUCAAGUAAAAGGACUUCUUGAAACUUAAGCUUUCAUUUUUCAGUGUUUAUGAAUAUGUCCUGUCCUGGAAAAUGUUUUCCUCCAAACUUAAUCUUUCAUUUUGCAGUAUGUGAGUUAAUUUUAUCCUUGAAUUUUUUUUAAAAAAUUAAGUAAUAAUUUUUGCAAUGUAUAUGAAUAUUGUCCUAGAAAAUGACCUCUUGAUUACAUAUAACAAGAUAAAAAAGUUUG